AUGUUGUUAUAGAAUUGACAGCUCCUGAUGCAGCCUGUUCAUUAGCACACCGGAGUACGUUCAUCACAUUUAAAUUAGAGCCAUCAAAGAGAGAACUUACAACACCGAAUCAUCGAGGACCCGUGCCGUGGAGUGUCUGAUCUCUACAUGCCUCCGAAUAAAUCACAAGUGACAGCGCGCUUCUAUCAAUCAUGACUUCAAGUUUUUCGCCUUUCUCCAUCAUGGACAUCCUCACCGGACGCAACAGCCGGGUGAAGACCGGUACCUGGAGUACUGAGGAGCUCGGCGCAGCAAAGCGCAACACCUGCACGGGGGAAGGUGGCAUGAGAGUCCUAGAUCUGUCUCGUCUGGGCGUGAAUGAAAAACUAAAAAGACUUCCAGGAGAUCUCAGUCCGUCUGGUGAAAAUAUGGGAUCUGAUAGUUCCAGUGAGGAGUCCACAGGAGAGGAGACUUCUGGGUACAGAGAAGGCCCUGCAGACCAGCAGCAAAGUGAGCCUCAAUCGAAUAAGGGCGCAGAUGCAGAGGAGGGAGGGUGUCAGAACAGCGAUGAGACUGUCAGCUGUUCAUCCGAUGUUCAGAACUGCAGGCCCGGCAUCAAGAGGCGCGCCAGAGCGGCCUUCUCUCACGCGCAGGUCCACCAGCUCGAGCGCCGCUUCCACGCGCAGAAAUACCUCUCAGGCCCUGAGCGAGCCAACCUGGCAGGAGCGCUGAAACUCACGGAGACCCAGGUGAAAAUCUGGUUCCAGAACCGGAGAUACAAAACCAAACGUCGGCAGAUGGCAGCUGAGCUGGCGGCGUACGGAUCACCGAAGAGGGUGGCGGUGAAAGUGUUAGUGAGGGACAAUUACAAGCAGCAGGGUCAUAUGAACGGACUACACUACCCCAUGACUGUGCCUCUGUAUCAGGGCUACCACCCGUGCCUUAGUUAUUGCUGCCGGCCCCCCUGGAGCACCAACAGCAUGCAGUGUGGAGGGAUGCUGUGAAGAAGUCUAUAUUAACUGCAGAUAACACAGGACUAAAGAGCUGCAGUUUGCAGUGCAGUGGAUGAGCCUGAGUGGAGUUUCAUAGUGACUCACUCUUUACAGAGUUUUUAUGUUUGUUUGUUUGUUCCUUUCUUAAAAGAUUAUUUUGGUCUCAAGGGUCAAGAUGUGGACUGUACUUAGGAUCAACACAACACAAAUCUUAUAGUUUAGCUUCAUCAUGGAGCGAUUCAGUGAGUAAAAAACAUUUCAUAUGUUUUUCUACAUUGUGUUGACAUCUGAGGUUUUCAGAAAGCUCUCUUCACGAAGUUCACUCGAAGCUCAUUUCAGCCAGUCAAAAAAACAAACUAACUGGUUGCCUUGAUGACAAAAACAAUCCUACAUGUUGAGUCAUUUUUAUAAAACACAAAGUCCAAAUUAUAAAAUAAAGUCUGAAUUAAAAUAAGAAAUUACAAUCAUGAGAUCCACCCAUUUAUCAUUAUUUAUAGCACUUAGGUAACACAUAGAAUUAUGAAUUUUCUUUGACUUUUUUUAUCCAAAUGCAAUUAUCUCUUUAUUUUAACUUUUAACUCAUAUUAUGAAUUUUAUCUCUUAAUUUUGACUUUUCAUUCCAACCAUGACCUACUAUCCCAUAAUAAUGACUUAACCUCUGGUUAUUUUUCCCCAUCUAGGCUAAGUCUUCCUAAUAUUUAUAAUUUUUUUACUGGUGGAAAUGGGCUUCCAAAUGAGUUAAUUAUGUGUGAAUACACUUUUAACAAUAAAAUCUGGAUGAGAGUUUUUUCUCCUUCAAGAUUAUCUCACAAAGAAAAAAAGACCACAAUAUUGAAUUAUUGAAACAUGUUCUCCACAGCUUUCUCAUAAUAAUAUCAUUACUGUUUUUCAUAUUUUAUUUAUGUUUUUUCAAAGAGGCUGUACACAAACCAUGUGGGUGGGGUUGGAGUGAGCAGGGUAUAGUGUCCUGUCCUCUGAUGUGAGGGAGGGGAGAUAUCUGGGAGAGAAAUAGUCUUUGUAUUUUAGUAACUAUUUUGCAAUAAAUUAUUUUAAUUAAGA